UCUCCCUUUUUGGCGAUGUUUUUAUUUCAUGUUAUGUGUUUUUAGCUGAAAUGCCUGUUGAUUGAUCCGUAUGUAAUGUUUUAUUGCAAUUGAUGUUUAGUUACAGUUGAUGAUAGCUCAAAGAUCAUGUUUUUCUUGUUGUAUCUGUGAUUUUGUUUGAUUCUAUGCAUGGAAUUUUGUUAUGUUGGCUUGGAUUAUGUUUCUUUUGACAUUUUCUUUUUGUGAAUGUUGUUUAGUGAUAUUUUUGUUGGAAAUCGAUGAUCCUCUCUGUAUUCAUGCCAUAUUUUCUGAAUUUGUUCUUCAGGCUCCAAAUGUUGCUUUUGUGUUGUGAAAUGUGUGCAAGUUGUUAAAUUUAUUCACAUUGUCCGUUGUAUGCGAGCCAUCUAUGUCGGGGAUCAGAACAGGCACAUUGUUUUUAGACCCAUUUCCAUAUUAUUGUGGACUUUAGUUUGUUUUAUGUUUGUUUUAGAAGUUAAGUAACAUGACAUGCUUAAUAAUCUUUAGAUAAUUCGUACUUGUGUAUAGGCUAAAUGGAAUGUUUAUAUUGAGGACGUUGCACCAGGAUAAGUUGCAGCUUUAUUUUUUUUAAAAUAGUUACUCUAUUCAUUAUCCUCUUCCUUAACCGUUUUAGAUUAGUUUUUCAUAUUUUAUAUUAUGGGUUUUUGAGUAAUGGUCGCUUCUUAUGUACUGAGAUGAUUAUGGAUUUGAUUUUUUAGUUGUGUAGUGUUUGGCUGGAAUAUCUUAGUCGCUUGAGUCAUUCAAAUCCACUUGGAAUUGAGAAAGUGUGGUUUAUUUGAUCUUUGGGUUGAGAUCUUAAAUUCUAAUACAUAUUUAUCUUCAUUAUAUUAUCUUGAGAGGGUAUGGCCUAUUUGAUUUCAGGUAAAUACAAUAAAAUCUAUUAUGUUUCCACAAUAGGGUAUGGCCUAUUUUGACAUUUAUUUUUUAGUAUUUUCCACAUUUUGCAUCAGAAGAAAAUGAAAGUUGGUUUGGAGUUUCUUGUUUUAAAUAACCUUUCUUUUUCCUGAUCCCCAAUUUUGCUGCAGUUCCUCGUUUUUACCUGUUAAUAUGUAUUGGGUUCACGUUCUUAUUUUGGUUUACUGUUUUCUCUGUCUGUCUCCUAUUAUUUUUGUAAUGUUUGUUUCCAAAAGGAAGAGAAAGUUAUGUAAUGCACUAAUGGAAGUUUGUGGGUUCAACUUGCUUUGUUUGAUAGGUUCUGUGCUGGUUCUUGUUUCUUGUUUUUCAGCUGUCAAUGCUCGUGGGAUCUAUCAUUGUGCAUGGCAACAUUUGAAGUUGGCCAAAGCAAUGUCGGAUUCAACUCUCUCGACAAUGCAACAAAGGGAGUCCUUUCAAGUGAAAGUGUGAAUCCUUUGGCAUAUAAACUUGUUCGGGUUGAAGGGGAUGGGUCUUAUAUUCCUGCUUCAGAAGAUGAGUUGAUGAAAUUUGAGCCUUACUCAGAAGAUCCUGAAGAUGAGAAGUUUUUGAGAAAUGCUCUCUUUGAUAUGGAUGCUGAAAAUGCUGAGAGGAGCUUAGCUAUUGAAGAUUUUCCUUGCUCCAUUGACGAUUCUGUAUUAAAGAACAAUGGAGGUGCUUUGGGAUGUGAUAUCAGACAAGGGUUGAACCAGAAAAUUGUUGAUUUUAUUGAUGUACUAGAUGAAGAUGGGGGCGAGCAUGUACGUGUGACAAGUAGCAUCUCCCCGGAAUUUCUUCUGGGGAAAUCUUCCUGGGACCAGAGUGAAGUUGUCAACUAUAGUGUUGAUUCUUUCGAUUCUGCAUCAGGGAUUUUGUGUCCAGGUAGCAGUUUUGCAGAACCAGCCACAAAUUUGGUAUUUGAUCCACGCAAAGAAUGUUAUUUUGAAACUGCAACUGCAGCAUAUCCACAUCAAAGCACCUUCAGUAAAAGUGAAAGGGAUACUGCCAAGGUAUCUAAGCUACCAGGUACAAUAAUUCCGUUGCCUGAAGCUAAAUAUGAUCAGAGUUCUAUUUGCCUGGAGAAUCUUACCAUUCGGGAACUUCAUGAGGCUUUUCGGACCACAUUUGGGCGGGAGACUUCUGUCAAAGACAAGCGCUGGCUUAAGCGUCACAUUUCCCUUGGUUUGCAUAACUUCCUUGUAUCUGAGAAUGCUUCUAGUUUCUUAGAUGGUAAAGUUUCUUCAAAUGAAAGUGAUGAGGUGAAACCUUAUGCAUUUGACAAUGAUUCAUCAGAAGAAAUCUGUGAUUCCUUUGCAAAGGUAGCUUGUAAAAGAGAUUCAGCAGAUGGGAGUGGUGUGAGCAGGAAAAGACAGGGAAGGAAAGAUUCUGUUACUACUCAUUUACAAGGAGUUGCUAAAGAAGGAUUUGGUGUUUCACAUGUUGAAGAAACGGAACGCGCACUUGUAGGUAGAAAGAGAUUGCGUAAGCCUACACGGAGGUACAUUGAGGAGUCGUCAGAGAUGAAAUCAAGAUUCAGGAGCGGAAGAACAGUGACAUCUUUAAAGGACACACGGGAUGACUUUUUACGCAUUCGGUCUCGAGAGAAGCGUUACUGGAAGGGUUUCGAAGGAAUGACUGUAGUUUCAAGACAGGAUUCUCUUGGGGGAUCUGGCAUUCAAGUUCCUUUUGUCCUUCGCGUGCGGAGAGGACGCCCAAGGAAAAAUUGCACCUCACUUUUGGUGCAUGAUGCCCAGGAUGACAAGGAUCGAAUGCUACUUUCAGUUGUGCAAGAUAAAAUAUACUCUGAGACACAUUAUGAUGCAUCAGAUGACUGUGUUGCGACCAUUAGAACAGCAAAGGGUGGUAUUCGGAGGAAGCAUCACCGGUCAUGGACACUCCAUGAAGUUGUGAAAUUGGUGGAAGGAGUUCAAAGGCAUGGAGUUGGAAAAUGGUCAGACAUAAAGAGGCUUGAAUUUGCGUCAUCUGUUUAUCGAACUUCUGUCGACCUUAAGGAUAAGUGGCGAAAUCUUCUGAGGGCUAGCUAUGCGCAGUUACAGACAAAGAAAGAGGUUGAGAAUAAGAGGAAGCAUGCGUCUUCAGUGUCCAUACCAGCAUCCAUUCUGAAGCGUGUGAGGGAAUUGUCCGUCAUGUAUCCAAAGGAUCAUCAACAUCGACCACUUACUGAACAAGUCAACAAUAGGAAUGCUUUCAUGAUGGGCCGAAGUGGAGGGAAUGUACAUAAGAGGCUUCAAUGUAAUUAAUCAAUUGUCGUUUUUGGGAAUUAUUUUCCAUCUGUUGUAUUUUUCAACUAGGACGCUUCACCUGCCCCCUCCCAUUCUCUCACAUUUGUGCUGUACAGGCAUUAUGCAGUAUGCAUGUCUUUUGCUUGUCUUGAGAGCAUGCAUUUCUCGACCUGGAAGAGGAUCAUGAUGAUUGAGAUGGGAGUUCCAACCUUAAGUCUAUUGCUCUAUGA